AUGAUGUGUCCACAAUCUCAGAGUGAUACCGAACAUGAGACUAUGGUAUCGGAGCUUUCUCUAGACUCUGUAUUCAUCAUCAUGGAAUUUCUUCCAGUGUCUGAUAUUUAUCACAUGCUGCUUGUUUGUAAAUCGUGGAAUCGGUUAGAAAAAUUUGAAAUAUUUUGGAAACAAAUUUUAUCUCAUUAUGUAAAGAGCCAUCAAAAGAAUUAUGAAUUAUUAUUGAACAACAGUCCUACUAAACACCAUUCCGACGUUUACAAAGUUUUAAUCGCUCAAUGUAAAAAAUUCCAUGAAAUGCAUAUCGUGAAAGAAAAGGCGGUAAAUAGAGAAAAAUUUAAACAGUAUAUGGAAAAAGAUGAAGAAUCAGAAAUGGGAAGAUCUAUUACAUUUGGCUGCCGUUUUAAGAAAUUGUUUACUUCAGCUGUUGUUGCCGAGUUCAGCACCACAAUAUCAAGAUCAUGGAGUAACAUAAUAAUGAAUAAUUAUCCAUCACAAUUAGUACAAUGCCUGAACGGAAAGGUAGAUACUGGAACUGUGUGUGAUAUUCUAUUCAAGACCAUUGAAAAAGUGGUUGCAAAUAAGAAUGGUAUACUUUAUGACAUUCUCAGAAAUAAGCAUUUAGACGCAAUUACCACUUACAUAUUUCACCAUUUGGACUCCUUACAGGUCGUUGAUAUUGAUCUUGAGAGAUUUUUUACAAGAUACAAUCCUAUAUUGACAGAUGAGCAUUUAUUGUUGUACUUUUCUAACAUGUUUUAUGUACGUCCAUCAAGUUAUGAGAUUUUUAAAGAUUACAUUAGCCAAUCUGGCAAUUUUGAGAACACUACACGGCUGAAACCCAAUGAACAGUAUUACAGAAAAGGGUUUUUGAACAGCUUAAUAAGGGAAUGUUUUCAACGAUUUAACUUUGACGCUGCAAGAUUAACAAAAAACCUUUUUAUUCAACUAUGCAACAAUGCAAAUGCUUGGAAAGAUUACAUUGACGCUUUGGAAAGUAGAAUUAGUGCUAUUGAUACGCUCUCUUAUUCGGGAUAUACAGACCUUGAAUUAUGUUCCAAAGCGAUAGUUGACUACAUUGACGUGAUGGAAAUUGAACAUUUUGAUGUACAAAAACUUGGGCGUAACGCUAGACCUAUCUUGGCCAUUCCUCAUUUUGUUGACAUUUGUGAUACAAUUUUCAUUCCUAGAGGCUUGCUCAACCAUGAUGAUUUAUUAUUCAUAUUCCAUUAUUACGGUUGUCUGUAUCCUCAUAUUGCAAAAUAUUGCAUGGGAAAAGCCAACAUAGAUAUUUAUAGCGUUGCCCAUGACGAAACCAACAAUAAGAAUAUCAACAUGAUACGAAAUUAUAUUUGCACCUACGCAAGCUAUUCAGCUGAAAAGGUUUUAGGAUAUUUGUUUACAGAAUUUGGAUAUCAGAAUAUUGAUCUAACCAAGUUAGCUCAACAAAUUUCUCCGAACAAUCCAGAACUAGAAAUUGCUGUUAUGCGCCAAUCUAUGCAAACGACGAUUCAACGUCAAUUUUCGUAUGAUGAGGUAGUAGAGAGUGUUAAGCUUUUAAUGACUCGUGUAGUUUCUAUGGAUUUUGACGUUUCAUUCAUCCACCAAGUGAGCGUGAACACUAGAAACAGCUAUUUUAAUUACUAUUACACUCAUGUGAUGGAAAUGAGUAAGGCAUUGGAGUAUUUAUUGGAUCAUGUUUUGGUGGGAGCAUUCCCUUUUCUCAAUACGUACAGCCACUCUUGUCACGCGAUGAAAUGCAAAGCAUUACUGAUGUUCCAGCUUCUUUUUCACAUUAUGCUAUCACAAGUGAUGAGUAUAUGGUUGGUGUAUAUUUAUAUGCGACCAAGCUCAUUGCAGAGUUAA